GAGAGAGAGGAAGAGAGAGACAGAUACAUGUCUAGAGAGUAAGGGGGAGGAAGAAUUAAACAUGUAUGGUGUUAACAGCAAAGUUGUCCAUGAUGCUCGGUGACCAUUGAAUAGAGAGUGAAGAGCUGAUGAAGGAAGAGAGGACAGAGACAGAGUUUUAAAAAAGACAGGAAGAUAAAGAAAAAGAGGGUAGUGUUACGUGCAGUCAAGCUGCCGAUGCCUGACGCCGAAUGACCAGUGAUUGACCAGAGAGAAGAGGAGCGUAAAAGAAAGCCAAAUAGAACCACACGUGACAAGAGAGAGAGACAGAGAGAGGAUAGAAAAGGAGAGAAAGAAUAGAAAAGAAUGAGAGAAAGAGGUAGAGAGUGUGUGUGAGAGAGAAUAGAAAAGACAGAGAAGGGGGGAAAGAGAGUGUGGUGUUAUGUGCUGGACAGCUGUUGGUGACUUGACGGUGAGUGACCAGUGGACAGCGAAGUAUGAGGCCACUGCUCCGUGUUUACCUGCUGCCAGCCGCCAUCUUGGCUCUAAUGCUCUUCCUCAGCUCAUACUGGCUGCCUCAGGGCAGUCCGCAGGGUUGCGACUCCCUCUGGAGACCCUGCCUCAGUGUGUAUCAGUCCACUAGCAAGCCAAAGCCUCAGGCAGGCCACGACUGGGCCCAUGGAGGUGAUGUCCUCGUGGGGGAGUGUCCUGGCCAAGACUUUCAGGUGUCCCGCCUCUUCCUGCACCUGACUUCUGCCCUGGGGCCCGGCUCUGACGUCUUAUUGGAUGAAUAUCUGUCCAGCUGGGAGGAGCUUAUCAAGUUCAUGAAUGCCCUCGGGCCUCUGGUCAGCUUCUUCUCCCACAAGGUCCAGGAGAAGAUCACAGUCCUCCGCGAGCUCUCCUCCUCCUCCAACUCCACUGCCGCCUCUGUGGGUGACCACCACCAGCUGGACCACGAUGGUGGUGGUGGGGCAGCUUCAGUGAGGGAGAGGCCGAGGCAGAGUAGGAGUGGGGCGGCGGCGCCCUACCGCUCCGUCCUCUCCAUGCUGGACUACGAGCUGCGCUCCAACCUGGUGGACUUCCACCGCGAGACGCCGUCCGGCAGCCGCACGCUGCUGCGCCUGCACCGCUCGCUGCUGUGGCUUCGGCUGCUGCUGGACAAGCUGUGCGAAGGGGAUGACAUCGAGAGUGCGCUGCGUAGCCCUGGCGAGCUGUGCCGCGAGGCGUACAGGGAGGCGCUGGCGCCCCACCACCCCUGGCUCCUGCGGCAGGCGGCCGAGGUGGCGUUCGGGGCCAUGCCGCCGCGCCGCGUCUUCCUGGAGCUGGUGUGCGUGCGCUCGCAGCGGCGCGCCACGCCCGUCAUGCGCACGCUGGCACGCGCCAUCCAGGAGGUGCACGCCAGGACUCAGCGGGCGCUGGAGCAGCGCGGCAUGCUGGAACUGCCGUAACCUACCACGGAGACACACACACACAACGC